UCUCGCGUGUUAAAAGAAGAACCAGGCGCAUGCUGGGAUUGUUUAAACAUGGCGGCAUACAUGUUAAUCCUUCAGUAAACAUUAGUUUCAGGAAUAAAUCGUAAUUUCUUUGUCCUGCUGUUGUUUACAAACACUACAACAGUAUGUUUCAUUUUGUUCGUUGCAGUCGACUGACAGGCAACACUGUCACGACGGACAGAUAUUUGUGUUCCCCCAAAAUAAGAGAUGUUUUCAUCCACUGCAAGCGACGUGUUCAGCACACAGCACAGUGGAGCAGUUCUCAAAACCCAGCCACACAUUUCACCGUCAGCGCUCCGGUUCGCAUAUGGAGACAAGCCCAGAAAGUUCUGCGCCUUGCAUCCAGACAGCAGCCCAGGCAGUCAAACAUCUCUCUGAAAUUCAUACUAGGCCCAGCUGCUCUAACAGUGACAGCACGCCUGUUGAGCAGUGGAGCUCGCUGUCAUGUGGAUGUGAAUAAUAACGUACCAGCUGAAGUUAAAGAGAAGACUCCCGAGUUCAGCUGGAGUGUUCUUUGGGUGUUUGUCCGGCCGGAACUUCUUGCUUUAAUUGGAGCCAUCAUUCUUGCGUUUGCAGCGGCAGUUCUUAAUAUUCAGAUUCCGAUGAUGUUGGGAGAUCUGGUGAAUGUUGUCGCUCGCCACAUGAGGGAACAAGCAGGCCACUACAUGAGAGACAUUCGAACACCUGCUGUGAAGCUGCUUGGACUCUAUGCUUUACAGGGAAUGUUAACCAGUGGCUACAUCAUUCUUCUGUCCAGAGUUGGAGAAAGAGUGGCUGCUAACAUGAGAAAAACUCUCUUUUCAUCUUUGCUUCGACAAGAUGUUGCGUUCUUUGAUGCAAACAAGACCGGGCAGCUGGUUAAUCGUCUCACAUCAGACAUCCAGGAGUUCAAAUCCUCCUUCAAGCUGGUCAUUUCUCAGGGUUUGCGGAGCACCACACAAACAGUAGGAUGUUUUUUCUCGCUGUACAUCAUCUCUCCGAAGCUCACGGGUCUCACUGUGGUGGUCCUCCCGUGUCUUGUGGGGGCUGGUGCUCUCAUUGGCUCUUUUCUUCGUAAUCUGUCACGAAAAGCACAAGAGCAGGUGGCUAAAGCUACAGGGGUUGCAGACGAGGCUCUUGGUAACGUGCGGACAGUGAGAGCCUUUGCCAUGGAGGACAGAGAGCUUGAGAUGUAUGCAGCUGAGGUUGAGAAAUCAGCUGAGAUGAAUGAAACGUUGGGCACAGGAAUCGCCGUAUUCCAAGGCCUGUCGAACAUCGUCCUGAACUGUAUUGUUCUAGGCACUAUUUUUGCUGGUGGAUCAUUGAUGGCCCAUAAUGACAUGUCACCUGGUGACCUGAUGUCAUUUUUAGUCGCCUCACAGACGGUUCAGAGAUCCCUCGCCAGCAUUUCAAUUCUGUUUGGCCAGAUGGUUCGAGGUAUGAGCGCAGGGGCUCGUGUUUUCGAGUAUUUGACUUUAGAGCCCACCAUUCCACUCACGGGAGGCGGUCGGAUUCCUCACAGGUCUCUGACGGGAAGAGUUGACUUUAUGAACAUCUACUUCAGUUACCCAACAAGACCUGGAAGCCAAGUUCUUAAGAACUUCAGUCUGACUCUACCUCCCUGUAGAACGGUCGCUAUUGUGGGAGAGUCGGGUGGAGGCAAAUCCACUGUGGCCGCUCUGUUGGAACGGUUUUAUGACCCCAUCGGUGGAGUAGUAAUGCUGGAUGGACUCGACAUCAGAACUCUGGAUCCAUCCUGGCUAAGAGGACACGUCAUUGGCUUCAUUAGUCAGGAACCUGUUCUCUUUGGCACAUCAGUAAUGGAAAAUAUCAGGUUUGGAAAGCCCAGUGCUACUGACGUCGAGGUCGUAGCUGCUGCCAAACAAGCCAAUGCGCAUAAUUUCAUCACAGGCUUCUCAGACGGAUACAACACAGUGGUUGGUGAGCGUGGAGUAACUCUGUCUGGAGGCCAGAAGCAGCGGAUAGCCAUCGCUCGGGCCCUGAUCAAAAACCCCAGCAUUCUGAUUCUGGAUGAGGCCACCAGCGCUCUGGAUGCAGAGUCGGAGCAUGUGGUUCAGGAGGCUUUGGACAGAGCUACGUCAGGUCGCACCGUUCUCAUUAUCGCUCACCGUCUCAGCACCAUUCAAGGGGCCGAUCUCAUCUGUGUUAUAAGUAAUGGGCGUAUCGUUGAGGCUGGAACACACCUGGAAUUACUGAGCAAAGGGGGGCUGUAUGCUGAGCUUAUAAAGAGACAACGGUCCGAAAAGUAAACUACGGUGCUGCUCAAUGCGUCAUGCUAAAUACUCAACUGCUGAACAUACUUGAUUACAAAGAAAAUUAUUUGGUGCUCUGUCAAAGCGAAUGAGGUUUAUCAGGUGUUUUGAGUCUUGUGUCAGAAAUAUCAGUGUUGUGGAAGUGGUAGCCCAACAGAACAAUGGAUUUUAAAUGUUUUUUUACAUAAUGUUUUACUCCCCCAAACUCUAUAGACUGAAAGUAUUUGUAUCUUUUUUCUUUAGAAAUUAAGGCUUCCAUAGAGUAGGAUGUACAUUUUAUUUUACUGUAUACAGUAUAUUAACAUAGACACCAUUGUGUUGAUACUCUUGUCUAUCGUGAAAAUUGAAAUAUUAAAGCAAUUUAAUAUAUACUUUAUUUGUCAAAUAUUUGUAUAAAUUUGUUUAAAUCAAUUUGUCAAUAUAAAAAUGUCACACAUCA